UCCAGCACGGGCAACAAGUGUCGUCGACUCCGCCUGUCGCACCCAACACUCACGCCUUUCUCACGCGUCUAACUCACGCGUUCUAUACUCUCACAUCACAUAUUACAAAACAAAAUAGAAAACGUACCAGAAACACAAUCAAAAUGUCUUUAAAACAGAAAAAAAGACCAUUAGUGAAGCAGGUAUGAAUCCACCUCGCGUCUCUGGUGCCGUCGUGACUUGAAAGAACAGCAGUGAGUGUCUCUCCAGUCCACGUAAUGGCAUUGAGUGUCCCUUGAUAGAGGAACACGGUGCUCUUGUGCUCACUGCGAGGAAUACAAGGCGUCAUUUUAGCAUCUCAGACAAGAUACAAGUGGGAUAUUUUUUUGUUUGGGUUCACGUUCAGGAUGACGAUUGGAAGAUGAAAUGAAGAUGUCGGCUACUGAAGAGAGAGAGAGGAGCUAGACAACUCACCGGUGGCUGCCUCUCGUAGUCGAGGCAGGAGGGAGACGGUGACGACAGUGUGACGAAAUGUGGUGCUUCUCGUCCCCACAGGAGGGCGUUACUCUUCUCUACUCUACUCUGUGACAACAUAAAGAUUCCUUGUCAAAAGGAUCAACAAGAAGGGUAGAGAGGCGGGGCAGGUCACCGGUGUGGUGCAUCUCGAGAGGCGGGAGGUGACCACCGUGUGCCCCAACAUCGGUUAAAAUGCUGCAGCGGGGGGCCGGGCCCGGCGCCUUCACCAGCCCGGCCAGGUAGUAGUUCAUAUGGACGAUCAAACGCACGCCCAGCUGGCGGACCUGGCACGGGCGUGGGGCGCAGGUGGCGCUGGGGCUGGAGGAGAAUGCGUGGGAGACGGAGUGAAGCCCCUGGCGCCCACUCAGAAAGAGGGCAAAGUGUGGACAGUGGACGGCUGGACAGCUGACCAAAACAAGACCGCGAAUCGAAGGGCCAACAAAACCACCAACGGCAGUAGUAGCACCAGCAGCGACAGCAACAGCUACUCUGGUGAUACCUCUGGCAGCAGUACAGUAGAUAGCAGCAGUGGGGACAGCUUAGGGUGUGGGAAAGGGUGGGUGCGCUCAGAGAACUCGACAGGAGGGUGUUGUGCAUGCAUGUGCCCCACGUCACGCGAGUCUGCAGCACCAGCCAAACCUGAUGCAGAAAACGUGGUGAUGCCUACGAGCGGGCACCUAGUGGUGCCCCGCAGGGCGCGCUUCUGGAACGCCGUGGCCCUGAAGGAGGAUAACGCCCGCUUUCUGUUGCUGGCGCUGGUGCUGCUGCUGUACAUGGUGGUUGGUGCCCUCAUCUUCCAGGCCUUCGAGGAAGAAAACGAAAAACGUGAAAGAACCAAUUACCUGGAGCAGUACGACGCGAAGCUGAGUGAGCUGAAGGAAGAAAUAAACUACAACAACGUGAGUUUGUCGAGGGUGGAGGAGCUCCUCUACAUCUGGGGCAACAUGACUGACGAGGGAUACAAGCCCCAGGCAAGACGACUCUGGGACUUCGCUGGAAGUUUCCACUUUGUCUACACUGUUGUCUCCACUAUCGGAUACGGCGCGGCCUCUCCCAGGACGCAAGAAGGCAAGAUCUUUUGUAUCUUCUACGGGUUAAUCGGCUGUUCCUCCGGCAUUCUCUUCUUCAACCUCUUUCUUGAGCGAAUCAUCACCCUCCUCGCCUUCAUCAUGAGGGCGCGACACGAACGAAAGCAGCGACAACGAGCAGCGGCUGGUGGUGUGGAAGGUGUGGUGGAGAAUAACCAGCGACGAGGCUCUCAAGACUCCAUGGAAGACUCCAGCCUGGACGCCUGGAAACCUUCCGUGUACUGGGUCAUGUUCUACCUCACGCUCGCCUCUGUCGUCGUAGCUUUCCUCGGCGCCGUCUUGUUUAUGGAGGUAGAGGAAUGGACCUACGCUGACUCACUCUACUUUUGCUUCAUUUCCUUCGCCACCAUUGGUUUUGGAGACUUUGUAUCCGCUCAGGAACCCAACGCGUUCUACGGGUCAGGAUUACACACCUACCGCUUCUUCAACUUCGCCAUUCUUGUUGUGGGUUGUUGUUGCAUUUAUUCCCUCUUCAACGUUAUAUCCAUCACCAUCAAGCAGUUUCUGAAUUGCAUUAUUAAGAGAAUCGCGUCGUGUUGCGCCCGAGGUCACUGUAAACCCACACCUCGAAGGAAUGCCGUCUCUCCUUCACGGCUCCAGAAACACGCCAUCAAACGUAUUGAAGGGGACAUCGAUUCUAUGUACGGAUCAGAGACAGAGAGGAAACUAUCAGGAGAAAUGGUCUCUAUGAGGGAGUACAUCUCGACCAACAAGACGAACCUUCCCAGGAUACAAGAACAGGUCUCACUGGCGGUAAUGCAGAAGCAGCUGUACGAGACGGCACAGAUGAGUCGAGGUCACACGUCCUCGCCACACCCUCGGCCAGGUCACGAGGAGCGCUUUACGCCAGGACAAGUUGGCCCCCUCGCCAUCGCCUCCUCCAAGCUCUGCGACCGAUCUUAGCCGGGCCUCAUGCCACCCUACCUAGCCUUCGUCCAGGUGCUCACAAGAUCGUACGAUAAUUUCCUCUUUUUUUAACCUACCUGGGAGAUAUGAGCACGUAUCUGGCCGAGAUCUCUGUGGUAACAUUAGUGAGUCAGUUACUCAUAGUUGUUUUUUCUCACCACCAGUUAAGGGGAAAUUAGACGUACGAAAUUCUGAAGACCCGGGUCAUGAAGCGUUCCUCCAGCCCUCGGGCAACCAACCUCCCACCUUCUCCUUUAUACAGUUAAACCUUCAGGAACUUUUACUGUGUAUUAAAAACUAAUGUUCGAGAAACUAUGUAUUGAAAAUAAGAGGUUGAUCUAUGAUAAAAAAAGGGACAAAUCAAUGUGAUUAAAAAGAUAAUAUAGUAAUAGUUCAAAAUAGCCAUUACAAGUUCUUCAGUACGUGAAGCUGUGAUUGAAUGAACCGGAGAAAAUGAUUGGAAUGUAUCGAAACAUAACAAAUAGUUGAACAUUUAGCAACACAUUUUUUUCUUUACGGUAGCAAGUGUAAAUGGUUGAAUAAUGAUCUCUUGUCAACUAUGACUUAUUGCAAUAUAUCACUAUCCAUCAACCUAUCUUUACACCUGACAUACCUGAGAAUAUAAAUUUGUAACUUACUAUUGUCUUAUCUGGAGGAGUUUCUCGACCAACAUGUGAGUUACAGAGAUGGUUGGUAACACACUUGUCCACAGGAGAAAAACACAUCAUUUACGUUAUUGCUAUAGUGAUGGCUGCCUUAGGGGGAAAAGCUGAAUACAGUGAAAUCUUUAUUUAACGGACUAUAUGAGAGACUGUAAUCCGUUAUAUCGAGGCGCAUUAGAUAUGGGAUCUCCAUAUAAUGAACAAUUAUCCGUUAGAUUGAUGUCCGUUAAAUGGAGGUUUUACUGUAUAUAUUUAUUUCAUAAUGGUGAAGUGAACUGAGAGUGCGAAGCCUGUGUGUGUGUGUGUGUGUGUGUGUGUGUGUGUGUGUGUGUGUGUGUGUGCGUGUGUGUGUGUGUUGUGUGUGUGUGUGUAUGUGUGUGUGUGUGUGUGUGUGUUACUUAUAAUCUAUGACGAGAUAAAGGAUGUCUAUACGUAUUGUUAUCUCAACCUUCAUCCCAAAGAUUUCUACUUUUAAAAGAUAGUUAAGCACAUACAGUAUAUCUCUCACUUGGCUGUAGCAUUGGAUACAGUGACGUGACAUUUAUCCUUGGUACGAGAGACAUUUAAUACCCUCUUCAUAUAUACCUGUAUAUAAUUUUCCCAACGUUUGAAAAAUUAGACAAACAUUACUAACACUGCCUCUACAUGAUCCACAAAAAAAUGGGGAAAUAAAUCAAUGAUCUUAAAAAAAAAAUGAUAAUAAUAUUUGUGUGGUAAUCUGCCCCGGGAAUAUUUAAGGAAACUCCAUUCUUAAGAGUCAAUGGAGGAAAAAUCUGUCAGAAUUAAAAUGAUUAAAACAAGCAUAUAAAAAUUUGUUUUAGUUGUUUUGUAUGGAAUUACACUCUCCCAUACAGCCCGUUAAAUAGUGUACCACCUCAUCGCCUCGUCCACCUCACCUUACAGAUAAAACCAAAGAUGAGGCUGUUCACUUUACUGGACCAUUUAUUCGUUUUUAUUUAUUUUUCAACUAAUGUAAAAUAACGAAUAUGUACAGUACACAUCUGCCUAUUCCUGAAGACUGGGACCAUGGUUAGUUAAUUCCUCUAACAAUGAUUCAUUGUGUUAUGUAAACAAGAAAACACUGUAACAAUGGGCCGUUCGCCAUCCACUAAGUCCUGUCCUAACUCGUAAAUUAUGAACCCCGACAUUCAGACUCGUGAACCCGUAUGAGUGGCCACAUUAUUCUGUCCAUAAAUGCUUCGGAUUCACGGGUCUGAAUCUCGAGUUCAUAGUUCAGGAGGAGUGACGACACGACUUUUGUGAAUGACUGUAUGUAGCCUCUUCAUAUAAGAUAAAUUUCCUCAUUUAGUAAAGUAUUCUUUUCUUUUAACACUGAUUUUAUCCCUUGAGUACGAUGUUUUAAGUCACUGUUGUGCUGAUGGUGAUAACAUAUGUCUGUUGGUGAAGGAGGUAUGUUAAUAAUACGGUCUUAGGUCAUUAUGUCGGCCAUGUUUGUAUCCAUUAAAAACGUUAUUUUCCCUCCUAUAUAACUUGAGCUCUGAGGACAACUGAAAAUAGACCAGAAAUAAUACAGAUUUGUAAAGAAUUUUUUUACAUUCAAGUGACUCAUUACGGUUUUAUUUUUGCGAGUAACGAGAUGACAGCCGUUACCAACACCAGGUAUAGAGUAACGAGAUGACAGCCGCUACCAACACCAGGUAUAGAGUAACGAGAGGACAGCCGUUACCAACACCAGGUAUAGAGUAACGAGAUGACAGCCGUUACCAACACCAGGUAUAGAGUAACGAGAGGACAGCCGUUACCAACACCAGGUAUAGAGUAACGAGAGGACAGCCGUUACCAACACCAGGUAUAGAGUAACGAGAGGACAGCCGUUACCAGCACCAGGUAUAGAGUAACAAGAUGACAGCCGUUACCAACACCAGGUAUUGAGUAAAAAGGUGUCAGCCGUUACCAACACCAGGUAUAGAGUAACGAGAUGACAGCCGUUACCAACACCAGGUAUAGAGUAACAAGGUGUCAGCCGUUACCAACACCAGGUAUAGAGUAAAAAGGUGUCAGCCGUUACCAACACCAGGUAUAGAGUAACAAGGUGUCAGCCGUUACCAACACCAGGUAUAGAGUAACAAGGUGUCAGCCGUUACCAACACCAGGUAUAAUCCAAACGCCAGGUUUUAGAUGUAUAUAAAAUGUUAUUAUAUAAAAGUUUACGCCUGUUGAACACAUGUAAAUAAAAUUCUACCUUA